CUCGAUGGCAAGCGAACAAUGGAAGAACGAUAUCGCAUACGCGAUGACCCCUUUCAAAUUAUUAACGUGGCCUAUCGGCGUCUGGCCGCUUCAAGUUUAUAACAUCUAUUCGCUAAUACGAUGUAUUUUAGCCACUUGUUGCAUGAGCACAAUAGUGAUAUUACCUAUCAUGGAACUUCACAUGGGCUGCACCGAUGCGGAACAGAACGUUGAUAGCUUUAUGUUGGUCUUCUGCGGUAUACUAGGAGUGCUGAAGAUAAUAUGUUUUCGUAUUUAUGCGAAAAAUUUAACUAAUAAUUACGGCUCAGCUCAAAAUGAUUAUUUGACAAUUAAAAACGUAGAGCACCGUGCCAUAAUGCGAAGACACGCCUUUCUUGGAAGAAUUCUCUCCUGUUUUAUGGUUUGCUUCUCUUAUUUUAGCGUGAUAAUAUAUUCGCUAAUUCCUCUUCUGGGUGAUGAUGAAGAUAACCGGAUAAAUAUGACGAACGAGAACGUUAUUCUGGAAUAUCCAAUGCCAUCAAGAUGCGCGUUAGAAUAUUUAGGUUUCCCGGAGAGCAUGUAUCAAGUUAUCUGUCUCUUCGAAUUUAUCGCGUUAAUACUAACGUGUACUUGUAAUCUUGGUAAUGAUUCUUUGUACCUCAAUAUUACAUUACACGUUUGUGGUCAAGUACAAAUUCUGAAAGCCAGUUUUAUCGACUUUGAUGUUUCAAGUUCGCAAGUUUGCGACCGUUUGAACGCUUUAAUUCGAAGGAAUAGCUAUAUAAUAGAAAUGGCUAAGGAACUGGCCAAUGCAAUCAGUUUCGUUUUGUUGAUGCAAUUAAUUCUUAGUAGCAUGCAAUUAUGUAUAAUGGGAUUUCAAUUUAUAUUAGCAUUAAAAAUGAACGAUGUUGUUAUGAUGGGGAAAAGCUUUGUGGUAUUGUGUACUUUUUUGACACAAAUAACAGUGUACAGUUUCGUCGGAGAUUACCUGAAAUCCCAAAUGGAAGAUAUUGGACUUUUUAUUUAUCAAAGCAUUUGGUAUAAUCUUCCUGUAAAAUUGACAAAAAAUUUAAUCUUCAUCAUUAUGCGGUCACAAUCUCCCGUCAAGCUGCAAGCUGGAAAUUUUAUCGUGGUAAACCUAGCAACUUAUAUGAGCAUCUUAAAAACCUCCAUUUCGUAUUUAUCCGUACUCCGCGUAAUGGUAGAAGAAUGA